CUCCCUCUCUGCGUUUGUUCUCUAUGCUGCAGUUCCUGCUGCAGACAGCGAGUGGCGCCGUUUCCACGGUUGGACCACUAACUAUUUGUUUAACGACUAUGUUGUAAAAAAUCUUUAAAACUUAAGAUUUUUACUGACUUUUGCUGCCAGAGGUCGGCUUUGUAGUUUGGGAGCGAGAGGAGCUCUUCCCGGCUCGCGGACUGGGUUCGGACAACUGUUUAGCGGUUUUCUGGAGUCUGGCUGGAGGUUUUACAGCAAAACAAGUUAGCUGUUGAGCUAACUCUAAAGUAGCGUCACCUGUGUGAAGUUGAACUUUUAAAGCGGAGACUAAAGAACCGACUGGAGGUGGAAUUUACUCGAUGACUCGUUCUUAGAGCGGGUGUUUUUGCGUCAGGUUUACAUUUUAUCUCGAUUUGGUUUCUUUGUGUUUGUUGGAAGCGGAGGAGGAGGGGGUGUCGCGUGUCUAACGGGAUACGUGCCACUUCCACCCGAGAAUAUCAACAGAUUCGAUAGUGAGGCCUGCGGGUCGGGCUUUCACCGAGCUCGAUUACAACCCGUAGCCGCCAUAGGGAGGUCAGAUAUCGGCUGGUAGCGCCGCUCUCCGCUGGCUUGCGGACCAAAGGAUGGAACGGAUGGAAGUGGACCAAUGCGCAGGCGCAGCAGGCGGGGCUCUCCGGAGGUCAAACAGCGCCCCCAUGAUUACUGGCGUCAGUGACGGGACAGCCAUCUUCAGUUCUGUCUCAUCGACGCGUUUUAGACGGAGCAGUGUGUCCAUCAACCCGUCUCAGCUCAUCCCAUCGUCUCCAUUUUCUCUGAGCGGAUCCAACCCAAAGAGACCGGAGGAGAAGAUGGAAACCACACUUAGAGGGAGUCAGCAGAGGCUCAGUCCCACCUGUCUGGUUCCAGUUCUGGGCAGUCAGUGGCAUGACCACGCCACCUCGUGGUCUCCAUCGCAGGACAGUGGCGUCACGCCCAACUCCUCCCCCAGUCCCACACGGAGGUUCAGACCUACUGUCAGCACCACAGUGAGAUGGUCUGCCCUCCGGCCACUGAAGAGGAAAGGAGGAGUGGACUCAGAUGGACCCCCAAAGAAGCUUUUUGUUGCCGGGGUAACAGACCCCGCCCAUCGCAGCAGCUCCACCCUCAGUGUCUCCCAGCCCUCGACGGACUGUUGUCCGGUGGGAAGAGCCAACCCUCCGCUCCGCCCACUCUCUGUGUCUCCUCCCCAUUCCUUCACCCCCUUCACCUCCCCCCAGAACCCCGGACACUAACACUCAUCACUGUGGGUCAACACCAGCAAGAGCACCUUUUUUAUUCAGUCAGGAACCAGACUCACCAUAAGUCCCGUCCCUUCCUUUAAACGGGUUUCCUGCCUUUGGAAGGGCGGAUAUUUAUCUCUCAGCUCAUUGGUUAACGGCUUCGCCACUCAGCAGAAACACCACAACAAGACUUGGACUAGUUUGGCCACACCCACUUCUGAGUACUGGGAUGGAUGUGAAGACACGCCGGUGGCAGAGGAGCACGUGUCACCUCCAUCUGGUGCUGCUGCAGACGGGUUCUGGUCCACUUCAGACAGAACCAAACAGAAGACGUCCAGGAGUCUGGGUUUAGGCUCAAAGGAAGCAUGUCAGAACUAAAGCAGCAACCCGGUUUUGGUUCUGUUGAGUCCAAAUGUCCACAAGGAACUUGGUGUGUGUGUGUGUGUGUUUGAGCUGCUCAGAAACCAAAAAAUGGAGUCAAACUGUCCAGAAGGGUCCAGCCUGAGGACCAGCACCAGGGUUGGUCUGGUUCCACUGGGAAAGCUUCUGCAGCCUGAACCUCUAGGAAUUCUGGGUAGUUUCUUACUGGUUGUGUUUGUGUUCACAUCCAGGUUCCUGGUGGAGCUACCAAAGUUUGACCACAGGGAACCGAAGCCACGCCCAUCUGUUUCCGGUCCCUGCUGUCAAAACAACGAAUGGGGGUCUCAGAGAAGUCAUUUUCUGAUCCUGUUUGAUAAAUCUCAGAUUAUGUGACAGACGGUCAAACUCCAGAUUAGCUUUUAGACUGAAGAUUCGGGGCGUGAGGCGGAGCGGAGAAUAAUUUAUAGUCCUGUUCAGAGACCCAUGAGCCAACCGGAGUCUCACAUUCACCCACAUCUGACUCAGCGACUUCAUGGGCGUUGUUCCGAGUGGUUUCCAGUAAGCAACAUCUGCCGGUGAAGCUCAGACUGGUGUCCAGUCAGGUUCUGGUCUAAGGUCCUGCUGUGGGAGGGGCCUUUAGAGUCUGACCUCUGACCUUAGGGUAAAGUCUAGUCAUAGCAAGUCUGAAAACGACCUUUGACCCAUCUCAGAGUGGCAGCACCGUGGGACUUAUGUCUCCUGAGAGUCUGAGUAGAGUUGUGGGAUUAUUGGGCUGCAUGGUGGCGCAGUGGUUAGCACUGUUGCCUCGCAGCACGAAGGUUGCAGGUUCGAAACUCGGCUGCGGCCUUUCUGCGUGGAGUUGCGUGUUCUCCCCAUGCAUGCGUGGGUUUCCUCCAGGUACUCCGGUUUCCCCCACAGAUCACAACGUGCCCUAUAGGUUAUAAAUGGUAAGUCGCUUUGGAUAAAAGCGUCUGCCAAAUAAACAUUAUUAUGGGAUGGAGACCCAUCAGGUCUGCUGCUGAGGGUUUACAGGGUCAUGACCCUGAUGAAUAGCUUCAUUUUUACUAAAAACGUUUUGCACAUUUUCAAAUGGUCACCUGUUAAUGUUCCUCCUGUUGUGGUUUGUGAGCCAGGCCGGUCCUGAGGAGCCUCAGCAGGAACCACAUGGACCACAGGAGACCCACGACGACUCUAGAAAUAUAAAUCUGAGUCUGCAUGAAGUGAAGACGUUUGCACAGAAUCAUUCUUCACUGGGUUGGGUGUGCUAAGGUCCAGGGACAGGGUCAUGGUUCUGCCUGUAGCUUCUGCACUUUUAUAUUUUGGCUCAUGAUUGUGCAUCAGCCCCCAAAGAGGCGGAGUCAGGCGUCGCCUCUGUUUGUCUCUACCAGCUGUUCUCAUAAAGUGCCUUCCUUCUACCGGGAAUCCACCGGAGCAGCGCCACAGAAUGGAACUGGUAAAAAUGUGGUUGUUCCAGGAUCCCGUCUAAGUAAGCACCUCACAAGACUGGACCUGUCCCUUAAGAGAUCAGACCUAGACCUGUCCACCAGUCCUGGGCCCUCAUUCAUCAAGCGUGCUUACGCACAGAUCUGUAUUUUUUGCGUAGGCACAAAUUUACUCACUGUACUUGUGUGUGACCAUGUGUAGGAGCAGCAUGUAGUGGUAGAACGGGGCAACAGCUGGUCUGAAGGUCUCCCGUCAUCCACUACUGACAUUUACCCAGUAUGUAGCGGUCGGUGGAAAAACGGCUUUUCCGCAUUAUUGGUGCUAAAACCAAUGAGACGUGUGACCGACGGGAAUCUGACAUGAUAUCAUGGCUGAUCUGUUGGAGGAUUUAACAGAGCAUGCUCUCUGGACCCCAUGGCAAACCUUGUGAAUCUGAUUCCAGUUCAUAUUUUAUCUUUCAACUAGAGACCCCCCCCCGAACCUCUUUCUGUUCCCCGAUCAUACACACCACCAGAGGCUGCUCUCAGACUCUUCCAAAUGACACACACCGAACAGAACGACUCCUUAAAUGUAAACGAGAACCCCUUACUUCAUUAAUCUAACUCAUUUAUUCCUGACAGGAGUCUGUCCGCAUCCUUCAACAGCGGUGUCUCGAGCUCACUGUCAAAGUUUUUCUGGGUGAAAAAACAGGAACCCCCUCACGUGCUGAGGACGUGGCGUGACCAAAUAUGGUUGAGGGCGUUUCUGUAUGUAAAUGAGAACGGACACAAGCACCUGGGUGCGCACAGGAGGGAUUUGUCAUCAGAAGAGGGCGGAGGAACGUGCGUACGAGAGGCCACCGCACCUUUAAUAAAUCAGGAUUUUGACUGUUGGUGCGAAAUUUCUAAAUUUCAGUCAUUGGAGAGAAUAUGGGACACUUUCUACAAACGUUGGAUUAUUGAGGGCCCAGGUAUUUAAAACCAAACGUUCUCCAGAGUCCAGGAUCGUGCUGCUCAGGUUUUGGUUCCUAGAUGAUGCUUCAGUGUUAAAUGUUCCUCUACAAGAGCACCAGCUUCUAGAGACAAACCAUUUGGGCCUGUAGCUCCAUAGAACCUCCAUCUUUGAUGCAUAAACCUGAGCCUAAAUAUCCCCUCAAGUGGAACCGUGUGACCAAAUGUUGCUUCUGGUGUUUGUUUAUAUUCCAGAUUUGAAGCCAAAGUUUGAUCAGACAUGUAUACGGCUGAAGUUCUGGUGUUUGGGUUUACGGCAGCACACCUGUAAAUAUUACCUUUAGUAGAUUUUAGCAGCAACAAUUCAUGUAUGUUACAUAUAUGUAUAUAUAUAUGUAUGUAUAUACAUACACAUAUAUAGAUAUAUGUAUACACUAUAUAUAUAUUGUAUAUGAAAAUGAUCAAUAAAAACUUUAUUGAACGAA